AACCGGUGCGGUGUGCGUUGUCGGUUCGCGCGCGCCAGUCGUAGACCGUAGUGUUACGCGCGCGACAGUGCCUACGCGUGUUUUGUGCAUUAAUUUUUUUUCUCCCGUGCCGUUGCGUGCGGCCGCGUAGUCGAACGUUUCACAUUUUUCACGUUGUCUGUGCUCGGCAGACUGACAAACUCCGUUCGUAGACCAAUCUCGCCAUGAUCGGCGUGUUCAGCACGGUCGUCAGCCAGUCCCGACUGGGUCGGAUCAAGCUGGUGAUCAUCGACAACCCAGCGUUCCGCGUCCACUACCGGCUGACGUUCGCCAUGCUGCUGGCGUGCACCACGCUGGUGUGCAGCCGUCAGUACAUAGGAGAGCAUAUCCGGUGCAUCGCCACCGGCGUACCCAACAACGUCGUCAACACGUACUGCUUCUUUACCGCCACGUACACGGUGCCCGACACCAACCACUCGGCGCACCCGGGCGUCGGCCCGGUGCACUGGGACUCGCGCACCGUCCGUCACUCGUACUACCAGUGGGUGCCGUUCGUGCUGUUCGGUCAGGCCUUGCUGUUCUACUUGCCGCAUCUCAUAUGGCGCACAUACGAAUCGGGCACCAUCGCGCUGCUCGUCAACGGGCUGCAGCGGUUGUACCUUAGAGUGGAAGGUGACAAGGACGUGUCAGUGCCCGGUAACAGGAACAUACCGUCCGAGGCAACCAGGUGGUCGAAGAUGCGGGACGUCAUGAACCACCUGGACACGGUUACCCGGUUCCGGUUGAACCGCAACUGGGCCGCGGUGCUCAUCGGGUGCGAGGUGCUUAACCUGGUCAACGUCUUGCUCCAGAUGAAGAUCAUGGACAAGUUCCUGGGCGGCCAGUUCUACGGAUAUGGGCUGCACGCGUUCGACGACGACAACGGCAACAGGUUGUUCGACCGGGUGUUUCCCAAGAUGACCAAGUGCGACUUCCACAAGUUCGGGCCGUCCGGCACCAUGCAGACGCAUGACGCCAUGUGCGUGAUGGCGCUCAACAUCAUCAACGAGAAGAUCUACGCCGUCCUGUGGUUUUGGUUCGUGCUCGUCCUUCUGCCCGUCAGCGUGUCCGCGCUCCUUUGGCGCGUCGCCCAGUACAUGCUCCACUCACGUGAGUCCUUCAACCGGCUUCUGCUGCGCGAGGCGUCCCCUGGUGCCCGCCUCGACCCCGUUGACCUGGCCGUCAUCGCCAGGCAGACAACGUACUCCGACUGGCUGUUCAUGUACUACCUGUCCGGCAACAUGGACGGCAUCGUCUUCCGGGACCUGUUGCACAGUUUUGCCACCGGACUCCGCAAGGAACCAGGUUCGCAGGAUAGCGACGACGACGACACGGCGCCACUGGGCAAGGCAAUCAUCUGAUCGACGCCACUGCCAUCAACGCCGCCACGCGCACGACAACCGUUUAAAAUUAUUAAUUUAAUAUAAUGUUAUUAUGAUCACUAUUACGUAAUACAUCAAGGUCCUGCAAAGGUCUUGUCGAAUUUUGUGUUAGGCGACCCUUAAUUUUCGCAAAAAACCAGUCGUGUGAGUGUGCGUGUACGUUUUCCCUUCUACCCCACCCCACCUGAACCCCCCCCCCCCACCACUCCUGUGAUCAACCCAUAUUUUUUACUGUCACUCCCCCGCCCACCACCCCGUCCCCCACCCCACAUUCCUUGCUGUAAUCCUAUAGUGACAAUUUUAUAUUAUAUACUUACAAAGUUAUAACUUAAUAGAAUAUGAUAUUAUUUGUAAUGUCGCGGUUUCUCGAUACCGCCAGUUUUCAAUUUUUGUUUUUUUUUUUUUUUUUGUACGUUUAUAAUUCCUCCCGAAUACUCGCGUUUGAUCCAAAUAUUAAACCGAUUAAAAGUCAAUGUCGGAGAAAAAAAAAUAAUAAAAUAAAAUAAUAAUGGCAAUUAAAUGUGUAUCAUUCGUGUACUUAAUUUCAGUAAUUGACGACCGAUCGGAGGUGCACAGGUACCCGCUUCGAAGGUCGUCGUCGUUACACAUAUUAUAUAUUUAUAGUUUAUUAAAAAUUAUAUGCGUGUAGGUUAUACGCGUAUAUAAUAUUAUUAUUAUUAUUUGUACGAUUAUAAUAUAAAAUGGACUUUAUACUCAUGAUGAUAAUGACUUGUAUAUAAUAUAUGUAAAACUCUGUACGUCUCACUAUUAUUAUUAUUUUUUUUUCUAAUAUAUUUUAAGUACAUCAAUUUUAUCAUAAUAUAUUUUAGUUGGACGAAAUUAAAGAAAAAAUUAUAUCAUAAAGAAAAUACGACAAUAUUGAUUUUGAUCGAAAUAUAUAUUUAUUCAUUA